AUGGUCCUGUUCUUCACGUCCGCAGUUGUUUCCCCUGCUGCUACUAUCUAUAUGGGCCGCGAUAAAGUCGAAAACGAAGAGCUCAUCAAGUACGCCUGGCCACAGGACGUUUGGUUUCAUGUGGACAAACUUUCCUCUGCUCACGUAUACCUCCGAAUGCCCGAGCCAAUGUCCUGGGAAGCUAUACCAGAAGUCCUGUUAAUAGACUGUGCACAACUAGUCAAGGCCAAUUCUAUCGAGGGAAACAAAAAGGAUAAUUUGACCAUCAUCUACACCCCAGCAGAUAAUUUGAAGAAAACAGGAGAUAUGGCUGUGGGACAGGUGACAUUUCACAAUGACAAACGGGUGAAACGUGUACAUGCCGUCAAGCGCGAAAAUCCCAUCGUCAAUCGGUUAAAUAAAACCAAGAUCGAGCGACAAGUGGAUCACGAACAGGAACGAAUAGAUAGAAUCAAGAAGGAAUCGGCUAUUCGCAGAGCUGCUGUCGCCGAGAAGAAAAAGGCAGAAUUGGAACUUGCUCGGGCUAGAGAAGUUGAAAAAGCUGCUCGGUCUUACGACUCUCUGUUCAAUGGAGAAUAUAAUGACGGCGAAGACGACGAUGAGCCUGCGAUUGGAGCUAGGAAAACCGGUAGAGAGUUGGAAGAAGAUUUCAUGUAA